GGUGAUCGCUCGAACGCUUCUUAGACUGUGACCACCAUGGCCUCGUCCAGCGACAGUGACCAGCCUGCGGGCAUCCCCAUGUCCUCUUCCAACAUCACCGCGCCCACUCCCCAGAACACGCCCCUCAACCACGCCCCGAUCACCAGUGGGCUCUCCCGCCCCACCGUCGCCGCGAUCAGCGAGGACGCCGAGGGCGAGGAGGCCGAGGCGGGGCUGUCGGGGAGCGCGGUCGCGGGCGCGCUGCAGUCGAUGGUGACGAGCCGCCUCGGCUCGCUCGUGGGCGCGAGCAGCGGCUACGUCGAGAGCCUGCCGGACGAUGUCAAGCGCAGCGUCGAGGCGCUGAAGGGCAUUCAGACCGAGCAGGACGCGCUGCUCAACAAGUUCAAGUGGGAGGCGCUCGAGCUCGAGCGGAAGUACAACGCGCUUCAGCAGCCUCUGUACGACCGCAGAAAGGCCAUUAUUACCGGUGCGGCCGCGCCGAAGGAGGAUGAGGUGAAGAAGGGCGCGGAGCUCUUCAAGGAGGAGGAUGAGGACUACAAGGAGUCCGUCGUCGAGGGCGAAGCGGGACCCUCUGCGAUCCCCUCGUUCUGGCUCAAUGCCCUCCGCACACAUCCGGGCCUCAUGGAGCUCAUUACUGAGCGCGAUGAGGAGGCGCUUAAGUGGCUAACGGAUAUCCGCGUGGCCAACUUGCCGUUAAAAGAUACUGACGAAGAACUCAAGAAAUUGGUGUCAAUACCCGAGGAGUCUGCCUCGAGUCCGGGGUAUAGCCUAUUGUUCUACUUCAACGCCGCAGAGAACCCGUACUUCUCAAAUGACGUGCUGGUGAAGACCUACUUCUACCAGCCGACUGUCGAUGAUCUGGGCGACUGGAUCUACGACAAGGCGAUCGGGACGAAGAUCGACUGGAAGGAGGAAGACAUGGAUCUUACCAGGGAGUGGGAGGUCAAGAGGCAAAGGAAUAAGAGCACCAAUCGUACACGUCUCGUGCGCAAGGCGAAGCCCACACAGUCAUUCUUCAACUUCUUCGACCCGCCUCUCCCGCCCAACUCUGACCAGGCUCAGACCGAAGAAGAGGCUGAGGCGAUGGAGGAGAUUGACGAGCGAUUGGAGAUUGACUACCAGAUUGGCGAGGACAUCAAAGAGAAGGUUGUCCCGCGAGCCAUUGACUACUUCACUGGCAAGGCCCUUGCCUUUGACGACUACUCUGAGUCCGAAGACGAGGAUGACUACGAGACGGAGGGGUCGGACGAGACUGACGAUGACGAUGAUGACGACCUCCCAUCAAGGCGACGUCCGGCCAAGAAGGGUGGCAAGGGUGCUGGCAGCAACGUCAACCCCGAGGAGUGCAAGCAGCAGUAAAGGAGCUCUCGGUCAUCCAUUUCAAUAAACAUCACUCGCAUGAAUUGCAUGGAAUGCUGGGUCGUUGGGUAGGUCGCUGUAUAAGCUAAUGUACCAAUUUGUCUCUUUGUUAUCUUGUCUCCUCGUGUGGGCUGCUCGAGAUCAUUCUGCCUGACGCUGUCUUUCUGCUGCUGUAACGGAAACUUUGCGCUUCGUCGGUACCCCGAAUCGGAUCCUUGAUCCCUCGUGUAGACCCUUAGGCACUGUACUUCACUCAAAUAUGACUCUGGUUCGUCUGAACAAUGCACCAUCGCCGCCUUCGCGUUGUGGGU